AGUCGCACAUUAUUUGUCACAUGAUACCACGUGAAUAUUCGAUAAGUUAGCAGUAGCUGAAUUUGUUGGACGUAUGUCAGACGUGUCUUGUUAAUAGUGAAAAUGGCAUCGACGAUUUCGGCAAGACAGGCCAACCGAGAACAUGUUUUAGCUGUUUCUCGAGACUUUAAAUCCCAACCAAGGCUCACAUAUAAAACAGUUUCUGGUGUCAAUGGUCCUCUAGUAAUCCUAGAAGAUGUCAAGUUUCCUAAAUUCAAUGAAAUUGUACAGCUCAAAUUAUCAGAUGGAAGUUUACGAUCAGGUCAAGUUUUGGAAGUUAGUGGUUCAAAAGCUGUAGUACAAGUAUUUGAAGGUACAUCAGGUAUUGAUGCCAAACACACCGUUUGUGAAUUCACAGGAGAUAUCCUUAGAACUCCCGUAUCUGAGGAUAUGUUAGGAAGAGUAUUCAACGGAUCAGGAAAACCUAUUGAUAAAGGUCCACCAAUUCUAGCUGAAGAUUAUUUAGAUAUCCAAGGUCAGCCUAUCAAUCCAUGGUCCCGUAUCUAUCCAGAGGAGAUGAUCCAAACUGGUAUUACAGCUAUAGAUGUAAUGAACUCCAUUGCUCGUGGUCAAAAAAUUCCAAUUUUCUCUGCUGCUGGUUUGCCGCACAAUGACAUUGCUGCUCAAAUUUGUAGACAAGCAGGUCUUGUCAAAGUUCCAGGAAAAUCUGUUUUGGAUGAUCAUGAAGAUAACUUUGCCAUUGUAUUUGCUGCUAUGGGAGUUAACAUGGAAACUGCUAGGUUCUUUAAACAAGAUUUCGAAGAAAAUGGAUCUAUGGAGAAUGUAUGUUUGUUCUUGAAUUUGGCUAAUGACCCUACAAUUGAGAGAAUUAUUACUCCCCGUCUAGCACUUACAGCUGCUGAAUUCUUAGCUUAUCAAUGUGAAAAACACGUACUGGUCAUCUUAACUGAUAUGUCUUCAUAUGCUGAAGCCUUGCGUGAGGUAUCUGCCGCCAGAGAGGAAGUACCCGGUCGUCGUGGUUUUCCAGGUUACAUGUACACUGAUUUGGCCACAAUUUAUGAACGUGCUGGUCGUGUAGAAGGGCGAAAUGGUUCCAUUACUCAAAUUCCCAUCUUGACUAUGCCUAACGACGAUAUUACUCACCCCAUUCCUGAUUUAACUGGAUAUAUUACAGAAGGGCAGAUUUAUGUAGAUCGUCAAUUACACAAUAGGCAAAUUUAUCCACCAAUCAAUGUAUUACCAUCUUUGUCACGUUUGAUGAAAUCUGCUAUUGGUGAAGGAAUGACCAGGAAGGACCAUUCCGAUGUUUCCAACCAACUGUAUGCUUGCUAUGCCAUUGGUAAGGAUGUACAAGCGAUGAAGGCCGUAGUAGGAGAAGAAGCUUUAACUCCCGACGAUCUUCUCUAUCUCGAGUUCUUGACGAAAUUCGAAAAGAACUUUAUUAGUCAAGGUAGCUAUGAGAACCGUACCGUCUUCGAGUCUUUGGACGUCGGUUGGCAAUUACUCCGUAUCUUCCCCAAGGAAAUGUUGAAACGUAUUCCAGCUGCCAUAUUGGCCGAAUUUUAUCCAAGAGACUCUCGCCACUAGUUCAAAUGUGUAUAAAACUUUAUAUAUUAGGGAGUUUGUUAGGUUUGUUAUAAAAAAUAUGUCCACUUAUUGUAUCAACAAUUUAUUUUUUAAUUUGGAAAAAUAAUUUUACCAGAAUAAUUUUAAGCCGAUGCAAUUUUUGUAAAUAAUUUACUUAAAAAAUGACGUGUUUAAAAAAAUACGUCAACUUUUAUGAACGUACAGAGUGGCUGUAUCAUUAAUCCUUUCGUGCUUGAUAAAUGUACUGAAGAAUAUUGUUAAAAGUCGCUACUCUGUACAACAACAAUCAUGUCCGCUUGAAAAAUAGAUUUUUGUCUUCAAUAAUAUAAUUUUUCAAUCGGACAUUUUAUUAAAUUUCAAGAGUAUAUAAAUAUUUACUCACUAUUUCAUUAAUUCUAGAUGAAUAUAAGAUAAUAUCGUGUAUUUUUUAUCUUGUAAGUUCAAAUUUUUCGAUGUUUAUUGUUGGCAAAAUCCCCAUCCUUUAUUAUUAUUAUAUUACCUAUGUAAUUUUUUUUCUGUUAACCAAAAGUGGAAAAUUUAACAUUCCAUUAAAUGUCAUUGCCCAAUUGUAUAAAGCAAUAUAUAUAAUUACCUCUUACCAUUCGAUGAAGCUUUUUUCUCAGUAUUUUAUUUCUAGAUGGUGAAUGAAGAUUUUUUUCUUGAUGUAGGUAUUGACAUUUUUCGAUGUUACUGUAAAAAUCUAAUUUUAUGUUAAAUAGAUUAGUGUAAAAAAUGUGAAUAAACACUAUACAUAUUUUGA